AUGGUCUUCAUCCUCGGCGUCAACUUCCCCGAGCGGAACCUGCUCAAGAAGUCUCUUGAGUCCUUCUUCGGUAUCGGAAACCACACCUCUUCCCGCCUCCUGGCCCGCUUCAACAUCCACCCAACCUGCCGAGUCGGCGAGCUGGCCAACAAGCAGGUUCUUGACAUGACCGCCGUCUUGUCGGACAUGAAGAUUGAGAAUGAUCUGCGCAGAGAGGUUGUGAACGAUAUCAAGCGUCUGAAGGAGACCGGAACAUACCGUGGCCGUCGUCAUGCUCUGGGUCUUCCUGUUCGCGGACAGCGUACCCGUACCCAGAUUAAAACUCCGGUCAAACUGAACCGAAUGGAGCGUCGUAUGUAA